UUAUUGAGGGGUUGGAGGAUCUUGUUAAAUGACGUAAAAAGAUAGCCUGGAAAAAACGGGAGUAAGUCAUGGGAUGUGGACGAGAUACUUAAGGCAAUGGUAUCCUCAUCAGGGAGGAUAUAUUUUCUUCAUCCAAGAGACAUUCAAGAGCAGUGGUGUACGACAAGAACGUGGGUAAAAAGUGCGAGCGCUAUUACUUUUAAACGUUCGUCGCUGAUAUUCAAACCACGUUUCGCUUGAGAGCAUAAUUGUUCCUCUUUUACCAUCUGGGUGCCUUUCAUAUAUUAUUUUUAUCGUCCAUAAUGGCACCAACGGCUAUUGCUGAUCUCGGCGAGACCGUCGCCUACUCUGUCGGCCAGAAAUUAGAAAACCUCUCCGACGACAUUGACGAGGUUAACUCCAUCAAGUACGAUUCAGAAUCCAAAUUCGAUGCCAACAAAGAUAAAGCAAACUUCCGCCAGUAUGAGGACGCCUGCGACCGGGUCAAGAACUUCUACAAGGAACAGCACCAGAAGCAGACAGUCGCUUACAACCUUGCUGCUCGCAACCGCUUCCACAGCGCGUCUCGAGCUCGCCCGGAGAUGACUAUUUGGGAGGCCAUGGAGAAGCUCAACACUCUUAUUGAUGAGUCUGACCCUGACACGUCACUGUCUCAGAUUGAGCACUUGCUUCAGUCUGCAGAGGCGAUUCGUCGCGAUGGCAAGCCACGUUGGAUGCAGGUCACUGGCCUGAUACAUGACCUCGGCAAGCUCAUGCUUUUCUUUGAUGAGCUCGGCACUCAGGGCCAAUGGGAUGUCGUUGGUGAUACUUUUCCCGUUGGCUGCGCCUUCGAUAAGCGCAUCAUUCUGCCAGAUACUUUUGCCAGCAAUCCUGACACAAAGGACCCUGUGUACUCGACCAAGCAUGGCAUUUACUCUCCUGGCUGUGGCCUGGACAACAUGAUGCUUAGCUGGGGCCAUGAUGAGUAUCUGUACCAUGUUGUCCGUGACCAGUCGACUUUACCGGAUGAGGCACUCGCCAUGAUCCGUUAUCACUCGUUCUAUCCCUGGCACCGCGAGGGAGCUUACAGGGAGUUUAUGUGCGAGAAAGACUGGAAGAUGCUCAAGGCUGUUCAGGCUUUUAACCCGUAUGACCUGUACAGUAAGAGUGACGAUGUUCCCAGCGUGGAGGAGCUCAAGCCAUACUAUAUGGAGCUUAUUGAUGAAUUUUUCCCUCAAAAGGUGAUUAAGUGGUAGAUUAAACAGCGGAAUUGCACUUAAGCGGGCGUUAUAAUGGAUUGGACAUGUUUUUUUCUUUUUUUCUCUUUGCUGUUGUAUGAUAAUGGAUUAAGGAGCGGGGAAAUUGAUAGAGGGCUUCAGCUUCUCCUGGGCCACAGCGAGAAUUGAUCAAUAUUAUUACCGAAGCCUUGAACAUGUUGAGCACAC